AUGAGCGCAGACUCUGUGGGAGAGCGCGCUCGCCUCCGGCGCUACUCCAAACUCCCAGUGUGGGUCGUGGAGGAUCACCAGGAGGUCCUGCCUUACAUAUACCGGGCCAUUGGCUCAAAGCAUCUUCCUGCCAGUAAUAUAAGUUUUGUGCAUUUCGAUUCACAUCCAGACCUCCUUAUUCCUGUGAAUAUGCCAGCUGACACUGUGUUUGACAAGGAAACACUUUUUGGAGAAUUAAGUAUUGAGAAUUGGAUUAUGCCUGCGGUUUAUGCUGGCCAUUUUUCUCAUGUUCUAUGGCUUCAUCCCAUGUGGGCUCAGCAAAUCAGAGAGGGAAAGCAUCACUUUUUAGUAGGCAGAGACAUUUCUACCACAACCAUCAGGGUUACAAGUACAGAUCAUUACUUUCUAAGUGACGGUCUUUAUGUAACUGAAGACCAGCUAGAGAACCAAAAACCUUUGCAAUUGGAUGUGAUUAUGGUGAAACCUUACAAACUCUGUAACAAUCAAGAAGAAAAUGAUGCAGUGUCUUCUGCUAAGAAGCCAAAGCUAGCACUGGAAGAUGCAGAAAACACUGCCUCUACUAACUGUGACUCUUAUUCAGAAGGACUGGAAAAGGACACAGUGACACAGAAGAAGGGCCAAACUUGCCUAGAGCAGUCACGUCCAUGCUUUUCUGAAAGCCAAGAAUGCCAGACAACAGUCAGCACUGGGGAAAUUCUAGAAAUUUUGAAGAAAGGGGAUGCAUUUGUUUUGGAUAUUGACUUGGAUUUUUUUUCAGUCAAGAAUCCCUUCAAAGAAAUGUUCACUCAGGAAGAAUACAAAAUCUUACAAGAGUUGUACCAAUUUAAAAAGCCUGAUACCAACCUGACAGAGGAAGAUUUGGUAGAUUGUGUUGAUACUCGAAUUCAUCAGUUAGAAGAUUUAGAAGCUGCUUUUGCUGAUUUGUGUGAUGGUGAUGAUGAAGAAACUGUACAGAAAUGGGCUUCAAACCCUGGAAUGGAAUCACUAAUUCCACUUGUACAGAGUUUGAAAAAACGGAUGGAAGUACCAGACUAUGAAAUGGUUCACCAGGCUGGUCUAACCUGUGAUUAUUCAGAACUUCCUCACCAUAUCAGCACAGAACAAGAAAUUGAGUAUCUUAUUCAGUCUGUAUAUUAUUUACUGAAAAAUUUACCAAAACCUACUCUCGUGACAAUUGCAAGGUCAAGUCUGGAUGAUUACUGUCCUUCUGAGCAAGUCGACACCAUUCAAGAAAAAGUCCUUAAUGUGCUGAGCUCCCUGUAUGGGGCUGUAGACAUUCACCUGGUGUAUUUAGCAGAGUGUUCUCCAUCUUGA